UUGAGAUCGUUAUUUUACACAAACUACAAGACGAUUACAUUAUGCAUACGAUCGUGAUCGUCAAUAAUUUCAUUAAAACGUAGUACAAAACUGUACAAACGAAAUACAUAGAUAAAUAUAACAAAUAUUGUAAAAUUUAUCAAAACAGAUUUAUACAUUAUAUUUAUGAUUUUUAAAACUUUCCAAGUUUAUUUUAUGGUAUUCGAUUUAUACAAAAAAACACAAGAUUUAUACAGUUAAAAUUAGUAUAUUUUCUCUAAGAAAAUCAAUAAGAUAAAUGAACACUAUGUCCUCUAGCGUGAUGUGUGACAAAAUAAAAAUAACUUGACUAGUAUACAAUGAAAGGCUGGGCUCUCAUUAAAUGGUUUUAUGGAAAAGCGCCAUAAGGUUACAAUUGCUAUGCCUGUUAGGUACAAUUUGUUUUAGACGGAACAACAUUGACUAUAUUGUAUCUAGUAUCGUUUUGUUACAAUAGAACAAAACAAAGUGCAAUAUCUACCUUUGCCUAGAAAUAAAUUAAUACAUAAAACAACCAUGUAUACAGAAAAAGCUCGCUUUGAGUAUUUGAACACAAUAUGUCGCUGACAAAAUAAUUUAUGUUAACUAUAUUUUAUCGUACAUUAAAUACCUGCAAAGUUACGAUACAAUAAACAAAUAUAAUGGAUUGCCAAAUAGUAAUAAAAUAAUUUAUGACUUAUCUACUAGGUCACAAUGAGUUACAACGAUCUUAGAGACGAAUGAAUCAAACUUAAUCUAAACCAUCUGAAAUAUCCUUAAAUAAUCGAAGAAUACUAUAGAAUUAUCUAAUGGCAAUUUGUAAAAACCCAUAAAAAUAUUUAUUCAAAAUUUUUCUACUGUUUAUUGUACCUAUAGUAUAACUGCGAUACACAUAUUUUUUAUAUAUUUCAUAACUGUUAUGAGGAUGAUAUUUUAUCUGCUAAAAUGUGCAUUGAAAUGUUUACAAUUUAAGUAUAUGUGAACAAGUGUCCUUUAUUUUUCUUUAAUAUUACAUCAUUGAUAUAAUAUAUAUUAUGUGUUAAAAAUCAUUUGAUUGCUAAAGUAAAAUAAGAAUUAAAAAUUUAAGUAGAUCCAUAGCUCAAAGGCACACUGAAUAUAAUAAUUUUCAAUAUAAGAAUGACUUUGAAUAUAUGUAAAAUUUUCUUUUUACUAUCACUUUUCAAAUCAGUGACAAUGGAAAUAAUAUAUACAAAAAGAAUGUUAACAUUAUAUGCAUGCAUAAAAGAAGCAGGGGUAAUUCAGGAGGUUAUUGAUACUAGAAAUGACCAAUUUAAUGAUAGCACUCAAAAUAUAUUAAAACAUUGGCAAGCAAUUGCUGAAAAUCACGAAAAUAUUGAAAAGGACUGGAAAGAAGAAAUCAAUUCUUUUUCAAAUUCAUUAUGUGUUGAAAAUAAGGAAUGUUUCACUUAUAUUGUGCAAUGUUGUAAAAACUACCUCAAUAUAGGGCAUUCAAAUAAUUCCUUUAAAAAUAAUGAUGAAAAUGAUUUAAAAACCUUAUUUAAUAAAAUCUCUAUUGUAUAAUAAGAUAAAUUAUAUAUUAAAAACAUAUUUAAAUAAACACCGUAAAACCACAUGAAAUAUAACGAAAACUCUUUUAAAUAUUAUAUGUAUAAGACCCAUGUAUAUAAUAUUUAUAAAUAAGAUUUGUA